AUGGAAAGGCUAAGAGGUGAUUUUGAAAAGAUCUUUGCUCUGUUUUGCGACGAAUCUAACCUAAUGCCACAGAUAAACAUUGUGAAGGCGCUUAGGAGUGCUGGAUAUGUCGUGGAAGAUAGCUUUGGAGAUUGCUGCACCAAAAGCCACAUUCCUCUCGAAGAAUUUGUUGAUUUUAUAUACAAGGCCCAAGUACAUGGAUUGAGUAAAGAAAAGAUCGAGGAGGCCUUUAGGUUUUAUGACCCUGACGAGACAGGAUACAUCAAAGCAUCAGAAUUUAAAAGAAUACUCUCUACAGGGCCUAAUGGGCUUUCAGAGUCUGAUGUCAGCAUUGUCUUGGAGACGUUUCCACCAAAUGACCAAGGAAUGAUUUGCUAUACUCUUCCGAUAAGUUAUGUGUUCGAGGAUAUAAAGUAA